CCGCGGCGCUGACGUCAGCGGGCGGAGUAUUAUGGUCUGGGCUGCGCUGGCGGCUGCCUGUGUGCUGCGAGCGGCCGCGUAAACAUGGAGCUCUCGGCCGUCGGGGAGCGCGUCUUCGCGGCCGAGGCCCUGCUUAAGCGCCGCAUCCGCAAAGGGCGCAUGGAGUAUCUCGUAAAAUGGAAGGGCUGGUCUCAGAAGUACAGCACUUGGGAACCCGAGGAAAACAUCCUGGAUGCCCGGCUGCUCGCAGCCUUUGAGGAAAGCUUUGGUUUUUUUAACACCUCUAGGGAGCGAGAAAUGGAGCUAUAUGGGCCCAAAAAGCGAGGCCCCAAGCCCAAAACCUUCCUGCUAAAGGCCCAGGCAAAAGCAAAAGCCAAAACCUAUGAAUUCCGCAGUGACUCUUCCAGGGGGAUCCGGGUGCCAUAUCCCGGCAGGUCCCCCCAGGAGCUGGGCUCCACGUCCCGGGCUAGGGAAGGACUGAGAAACAUAGCCCUGGCUCCCCAGGGCAGCUCCAGCACCAGCACCCCCAAGGGAGACAGCAUCCGGGACCGGGUGAUCCGCGUGGAGGAGAAACCUGGGGAGACCCCCAAAAAGAGAGGCCCGAAGCCCAGGAAGGAGCUGUACAAGGACCUAGCAGAGACUCUGGAUGCCUCCAAGAGGAAACUGGGGGACCCGGGGGACAAGGUGGGGGACUACCUGAAGGUCAGGAAGAUGGAGGAGAUGGCAGCAGGGGCGGCCAAGUUCGGCUCGGGACAUAGUGUCAUCCAGCUGGCCAGGCGGCCGGACCCCGACCUCCCUGGCGCCCUGCCUGGCCCCAACCGAGCCGAGGUGGGUGCCAAACUGGGAGCUGCCGAGACCUACCCUCCCCGGCUGGCCAAGCACCGGGCAGACUUUCUGGACCCCAAGGGGCAAGGGGGGCUGGACCCCGGUGGGCCCAAGCUCCUGCACGGUGCGGUGAGCCCGGGUACCAUGGGCAGCCUGUACCGCGACGGCAUGGGGGGCCAGGCGGGGCGGCCUUCCCUCAUUGCCAGGAUCCCUGUCUCCAGGAUCCUUGGGGACCCCGAGGAAGAGUCCUGGAGCCCCUCUCUCAACAACCUGGAGAAGGUGGUGGUAACUGAUGUGACCUCUAACUUUUUGACCGUCACCAUCAAGGAGAGCAGCACGGACCAAGGAUUCUUUAAAGAGAAGCGAUGAGUUUGUUGGAGGUGGUGCUGGGGUUUUCUUUGGUCAGAUCCAGACAAAAGCUUGGUUAGAGCUUGGUGGACCUUUUUUUUUUUUUUUUUUCCUUUUUUUUUUUUCCUUUUUUUCUUUUUUCUUUGUUUUGAUGUUUGGUUUUUUGUGGUUUUUUUUGUACUGGAGAGGAUUUAGAAACUGUCCUAAAUUCAUUAACUCAUUCUUUUUUUUUUUUCCACGUCUUACAUUUUGUUGGAAAGAUUAUCUCUAGAGUUAUAUUUUCUAUUAGAUGUAAAUAUGUUAUUUAAGAAAAAAAUGCUUAUAUAUAUCUAUAUAUAUAUUUCAACUCUGAGUUGUUUUAUUUAAAUGGAGACAACAGUGACUGCUCAGUUGCUCUUAGAAAGGACAAUAAAACUGAGAACUAACGGGAGUUCAUGCAUCUGUUGCAGGAGCCGGUGUACAUAACAAUGUUCAUAGCUAAUUAUGUUCUGGGUUUUUUUAACUAUUAUUUUUCAUAUGAUGCUAUGGAUGGUGGAGGGGGAGGUGUUACUCCCUCAGAGGGCAGAGUGCCCUGAUUUCUUGAUUGUGAUAUAAGGUGUUGCUUGUACAAUCAAGUGUGCUGUAUCCAGAACUGUUGCCCUUGACAGUUGAAGUAAGCACUUGAAUUUACAGUAUUGUUGGGGAGGGGGUGUUUCCAGUCUAACAAAAAAUAUGUUGCUAUGUCGGGGCGGGGAAAAGCAGAAAUCCAUAAAAAGGCUAAAACUGUUCUAGCAGAGUAUUAA